AUGCAGAGGCGGGAGCUGCACAUUGCAGACGAAACUGUUCGUGUAACCCUUGCAGUGUUUAAAAAUGUAGCCAACGCGGAGGAGCUCCUAAGGGCGUACAAUGAAAAAACGAUCGGCGGAGACCCUGACAUGCGCCGCUUCUUUCUCCUGUUAGAUGGCCAACUGAUUUUCAGUGACAACCACAUCCUGCACAGCCUCUACAGAGCUUACCACAACCUCUUAACGAAGAGAAGGGUCACCAGGAAUGUCGUGCUGGAGGUUUUCUUCUUCCUCUCUGCGCACGAGAAUAUCAACGAAUGCCUCAGGCAGUACCAAGUGCGGGAGUCCUCCUCCUCCGUCAUUUACGUGGGCGUCAACAUUCCGGACGACGAGGUGAUCUCCUUCACAAAUCUGAUAAACGGCGAGCAGACCGGCGUGGACGACAUCCGCUUCCUGCGCGACGAGAGGCAAAUCAUGCAGAACUUCAAGUGCGCGGGGGAAGUGGCAAACCUGGAGCGCUUCAUCUACCACACCAUCGCCUCGAAGAAGGUUAACCUGGGGUGA